AUGUCUGUAUCGACUCUUGCAUCUUUCGAGUAUCUGGAAAGGCUUCCAGAACGAGAUCAGUCCCUUUCCUUGCUCUCUCGACUUCACAUCGUCACAAUCACAGCCCCAAGCAGAGACGACCCGCAGAAAGUAUCCUUGACAAAGAACUUUCGCGCUUCCUUGCGACUUGCCCUCACUGGAGGUGGAGAGCAACAGUCGUUUGGUAUCCCGUCCCACGACUCCACGGCCUCAGGAGUGGAUGCUGAAUUUCUCGACAACUAUGCGAGGGAAAGAUGGGAGGACAUCUUACAUUUUGUGGUCAACAGCGUAGGAAACAGUAUGCGACAAGAUGGCACCGGACCUCCGACAUCUGUUAGGCUUUUACUAGAGGCGGGCAAGCUGGUCACGACUGGCAGACGUUCAGGAGGAGGAAUUACGCAGGCUGGAUUCUCUUUUCUAUUGCAGGAAGUCAAUGCCCAGGUGUGGGCGCUGCUACUGCUCUGGAUCGAGAAUGCUGAAAAGAUGGAACUGGAAUCCGUAGAGGUUCUCUCGUUCUUGUUCAUGCUCGGGUCUCUCGAACUGGGCAAGUCAUAUAGCACAGCUACCCUUUCGGCCAGCCAGCGAGCGAUGCUGAAAUACCUGGUCGAUUUUGGACUCGUCUACAGUCCUUCCUCAACCCCUCAGCAGUUCUUCCCGACGCGACUAUCUACGACCCUCACCUCAGACGCCAGUGGGCUUCGAAGUGUCUCUGCCGGCUUUGAUGAUGCCCUCAAGAGCGAAAGUGGUACCAAGGGUUUUAUCAUCAUCGAAACCAACUAUCGUCUCUACGCAUAUACCAAUUCCCCUCUCCAAAUCGCAGUUUUGGCUCUCUUCACUAAAAUGGGCGUCCGGUAUCCGAAUAUGGUCACUGGCCGUGUGACUCGCAAAUCUGUCGCCAAUGCCAUCUCCCACGGUAUCACAUCGGACCAAAUUAUAUCAUACCUCAGGGCACACGCACAUCCGCAGUUGGUCAAGGCUGCCGCAGUAAACGGAAACCCCGUCCUGCCCCCUACCGUGGUUGACCAGAUCCGACUCUGGCAGAUUGAGAAUGAGAGGAUGAAGGCUACUGCUGGAUUCCUGUUCAAGGAGUUCGAGACGCAGAAGGAGUAUGAGGGGUGCGCGAGGUAUGCGGACGAAAAUGGAGUCUUGGUGUGGAAGAACGAUGCGAAGAGGAUGUUCUUUGUAACGAGACAUGAGCAAUUGAGGGAUUACCUCAAAUCUCGAAAGGCGAGGAACGAUUCCCAAUGA